UCCGUUGGUUCCUCCAUGUCCGCAUACGGCGGCGGUGGUGUGGAGGCGGUGGUGAGGCGGUGGUGGAGCCUGGCCUAUGGCUUCAGCUUCGGCGGCGGAGCCGGUGGUGGAGGCGGCGGGUAUCGGCUUUUGCCGCAGGACGGCCGCGGCGGCGGCGCGCGACAGCAUGGACAUCUCUGCCCACGAGGAAGGCCACCAUGGCAGAUGCAGAACCUGAACGACCGUCUGGCCACCUACCUGGAGAAGGUGCGCAAGCUGGAGACGGCCAAUGCUGAGCUGGAGCUGAAGAUCAGACAGUUCCUGGAGAGCAAGACCUCCCCCUCCUCCAGAGACUACAGUGUCUUCUACGCCACCAUCGCAGAGCUGCAGGGCAAGAUCCAGGACGCUACCAAAAUCAACGGUGGCAUCUACCUCUCCAUCGACAACGCCAAGCUGGCUGCCGACGACUUCAGGCUCAAGUUUGAGAAUGAACUGGCCAUGCGUCAGUCGGUGGAGGCCGACAUUGCCGGGCUGAGGAGGGUCCUGGACGAGCUGACUAUGAGCCGGACCGACUUGGAGAUGCAGAUCGAGGGCCUCAGGGAGGAGCUGAUCUUCCUGAAGAAGAACCACGAGGAGGAGCUGCUGGCGAUGCGCACACAGAUGAGCGGUCAGGUCAACGUGGAGGUGGACGCCGCCCAAGGAGAGGACCUCUCUAAGGUCAUGGAGGAGGUCAGGGAGUACUACGAAGGCAUUGCUGCCAAAAACCGCAAAGAGCUGGAGAGCUGGUACCAGACAAAGUCAGAAACAUUGACCAAAGAAGUCGUCGCCAACACAGAAUGCCUCCAGUCGACCAAAUCAGAGAUCACAGAGAUCAAACGAACGCUACAGGGCCUGGAGAUCGAGCUACAGUCACAACUCAGCAUGAAAGCGUCGUUGGAAGGGACGCUGGCGGAGACUCAGAACCGUUACUCCAUGCAGCUGUCGGGCUACCAGAACCAAGUGGGCAUGCUGGAGGAGCAGCUGAUGCAGCUGAAGGCCGACAUGGAGAGACAGUCGCAGGAGUACCAGGCGCUGCUGGACAUCAAGACCCGGCUGGAGAUGGAGAUCGCAGAGUACAGGAGGCUGCUGGACGGAGAGGGUGGCGGCAGCAUCUCCACCUCCUCCGCCUCCUCCACCUCCGCCUCCUCCACCUCCGCCUCCUCCACCUCCACCACCACCACCAAACAGAAAGUCAUCACCAUCGUCGAGGAGAUUGUGGACGGGAAGGUGGUGAGCACCUCCCAGGAGACCAUCAGUCAGACCCUGUGAGCACCACCGGGGGCUCACUCGCAGCUCUCACCGAAAUAAACACAAAAAUAAAAGUCUGCUGAGGUGCUACAAAAUAAAA